AUGGCAUCCGUACAAAAAACUCAAACAUUACACAAUUUGAAGGUAUAUAUUAUUGGAGAUGAAGAUACUGUGGCUGGUUUUUUAUUAACUGGGAUGGGUGCUAGAGAUACUCAAGGUAACACUAAUUUCUUAAUUGUAGAUACUAAAAUAACUCCUACUCAAAUAGAAGAUGCAUUUCGUGACUUUACAAGUCGCAAAGACUGUGGAAUACUGAUGAUCAAUCAAUAUAUUGCCGAAGAAAUUCGAUAUCUUGUUAAUACCCAUGAUAAGGUAAUCCCCACUGUGUUAGAAAUUCCUAGCAAGGACAAGCCAUAUGAUCCUGUAAAAGACUCAGUAAUGCAGCGUAUUAAGCUAUUUUAUGGUGGAGUACUUCCUGAAUAA